AUGUGUCAAUUUGUGUUGAUGUUGUUCUUCAGCAGUUUAAUGGUCAUUGUCCUGGGCCAGACAAUUGAUGCCUCAUCAGCAAUGCUUAGAAGUGAACAGAAUAAUACUACAUAUUUGGCCUCGACGACAACAAUACCAACUGUGACAAAAGCCAAGGCAUUUUCUACGGGAUUUGAAGUUGCUUCCUCCACAGUGGCUUAUGUGGCCUCAUCAUCAUCUCCCACACCAUUGCCCUUGAAUCGAAAAAAUGCCAAGUUUUUUAAAAAACCCUCAUCGACAAAGAGAAGGAAAGCGGUGGAUGUUUCAUCCAUACCCAUUGGAGAUGAUACCACCGAAUGGCGGUGUCCCAAUAUAACAGUAUCACGCAGUCUGGAAUGUGGUUGUGAUCUGCCACAUACUUUGAGGUGUAAUGGGGAUUUACAUGGUUUGGCGGUCUUAUCGGACAAUCUAAGGUCCUCACCCUACUCCGUGGCCUUAUUGGAUGUUUCGUUACGUAAUGUCACAUUUCUGAGUGACGCUAGAAUAUUUGACAAUGUCUCACUGCGCUGCCUAAUCAUAUCUUCGGGUGAAAUUAAACGUGUCCACAAAUCUGCCUUUUUGGGCAUAAAAGGUCCCUUAUUGGCUUUGGGUUUACCCGGAAAUGCUCUGCUAGCUGUACCCUGGAGUUCAUUAUCAACAUUGGUGGACUUGGAACGUUUGGAUUUAUCAAAUAAUAAAAUAAAAGCAUUGGGUACCUCGGAUUUGGCUGCCUUAGUUAAUUUGGAAUAUUUGGAUAUGAGCAAUAAUCAACUGUCAAGUAUAUCUCAAAGGACAUUUGCGAAUUUAAGGCGUUUGGAAGUACUGAAAUUGGGUGGUAAUCGUUUGGGUGAUUAUGCUUCCAGUUUAAAGGCCCUAAUGCAGUGUCAUAAUUUGAGAGACCUGGAUCUAAGUGCCAACAAUUUAAGUGGCAAUCUCUCGGCCAGUUCCAUACCAGUUCUGAAAAAUCUAGCCAGUUUAAAUUUAAAUCGCAACCUUAUCAAAAGUAUACAAAAUAAGGCACUGAUGAAUUUCUCGCGCUUAACCACCCUUUCGCUGAGGCAUAAUCAAAUUGAUGUCCUACAAGAUCAUGCCUUUUAUGGUUUGGGCUCUUUGGAAACAUUGGAUUUAAGUUAUAAUGGUAUUGUGGCAAUUUCCAGUGCGUCACUGCAACAUUUGACACGUCUAAAGACCUUGGAUUUAACACAUAACUUUUUACGAGCUCUAACCUCAGAUCUCAUUAAACCUCUGCCAUCAUUGGUAGAAUUACGAUUAUCGGGUAAUGAUAUUUCCAUUGUGGCCAAACAUGCUUUGGAUGGUGCCCGGGAAUUGAAAACAUUGGUUAUGGAAGAGAAUCCCUUAUCAUGUGAUUGUACAAUGCGUGAAUUUGCUGAAUGGUUACAGGCUGCGAAGUUAGUGUCGCAGGAUUUGUUGAAAAUCACAUGUGUUACACCACCCAAAUUGGAGGGUGCCCCACUUAUUCAGGUGCCCAUGGAAAUGUUAAGUUGUGGUGAUAUGGAAAACCUGGAAGAGGAUAAUGCCAAUAUCAUAGAACAAUUGGAGGCAAUGGCCAAGCAGAAUCAUUCAACAAAUCAUCAUAUUAAGGAUUUGUCGGAAGAGAUUAUCCUCCAUGAAUUACAUUUUUCCGCUGAUUAUGGUCUCAUAUUAACCUGGAUCAUAAAUCUUAGCAAAAACGAUUAUAUGUGUGAUGCCAUUUUUGUCUACAAGGAAGAGAACAUAAAUGAAAUUUUAAUUGAUAAUUCACCAAUCCACUGUGAAAGUAAAAUUAUAAAUGGCCAAAAUACAGUUAGUGUUAUUGUACCAGAUAGUUCCUCGUUGGAUAUUGGUGAAAGUUAUCGUUUCUGUUUGGUUAUGGUCCAGGAACAUAAUGAACAAUCUGAUUUGACGGUGGGGUGUUCCAAUAUUACACAACUACAAGUGAGUAAUAAUGCAAUGUUACCAAAAAAUCGACAAUUUGUGGCCAGACGUCCCUAUGCUGAUCUAUCGAAAUUCGAUAGAUCCCCACCACCACUACCAACAACAUCCGAUGUUGUAUCAUCGGAACAAAAUACGAAUAUAGAUUAUAGUAUUAAUUCGCGUAAAUUUAAUACAAUGACGUCGAGUCAACAACGUAACACAGAUGGUGGUUAUGAUGAUGAAGAUGACGGGCCGCAUACGACACAUGCCGAAAAUCCUUAUGAAUUUUUAAAUUCUCUAAAUAAAAGUUUUCUACCCGGUUUGGGAUUGGGUAUUUUGGUGACAUCCAUUAUGGUCUUGAUAUGGGCUGCAUCACGUCUACGACAAAAUGUCAAUCACAAUAAUAAUAACAACAAUAAUAUUAUGCAUGGUGAUCGGCGUUCUAGUUCACCAACGGCCACAACAUGUUAUGCGGCAUCGGAACAUUUGGCCCGCCUGGCAGAUACAGAAAAUGGUGGUUCGCGUUAUUUGAAACUACAAGCCACCACUAGUCUGUAGAUUAA